AUGACGGACUCCCGGAUGCCUCCCUAUGGCCAGCCCUCCCCUGACCUUUCUUCUCAACCCCCCUCGCCUCAGGCUCGCUCUCGUCGUCCUUCCGAAAAGUUCCGGCCUGUAAGUCAUAUCAACACAUUGUUCUACUGCUCAACGAGAGAAGCCUGGAUUCCGAGUGUUGCCAGUGGCCCUUCAUAUGUUGCGGUCUCCGGCGUGUACGCACCGUCAAAGCACCGCCUGCUGGACUUUGAACCCAACCCAAUUGGCGAUGAAUUGGCCCUUCCUGAUUACGAUGCAGGCUUCCACGAACCUAGCAAAACGGAAACAUUGCAGAAUCAACCAGCAGAUGUUUCGCAACCUGACAUUGGCCGAGAUGACGAUGGUGACAGUUGGUUUUCCAAUCCGAUGAAUGUGCCCAAGACUGCUGGCGAUGACAGCUGCUUGGAGAGGAGACCUACGCGACAGGUCGACUACCUCACCCAUACCUGGAAACAGGAGGAAAUUCGCGGUUCAUGGAAAUAUCUAACGCGCAACCGGAGUUGCAAAAAUAGCUGGAGAUUGGAGAAUGCCGCGUGGAGAUCGUGGAUGAAGACGAAAAACCACCUCCCUACUAUUGCGCCGGAAUCUAUGGGCUGGCUUAAAGAUGCCGACGUGACCUGGCUAUUUGGCCCGUUACUAGUGGACGACAGAGACUAUCCAUCAAGCACCCGCCCGUCUUCUGUUGCUGUGCCGGCCUCGAAUUCGCAGGGCGAUCCGAAGCCCAUCCUUAAGAAGAAGACCAUAUCCCAGGCUAUUCUGCAGCAUUCUCUUUCCACCGAUUCCCUUCUUCAACAUGCCGGCACCCUCAUCAGAUCGCAGACCGAAGAUCGCCGUUUAGGACUUGGCCGGACGGUUUCUGACACCGCCAUGCUUACUACCCACAACGAGAGCUCCCUGCAAGCUGCAGAAGUUGCGCCAUCUGUCGCAUCUUCAGGGACAUCAUCCCCAAAUAGUCGACGCCACAUCACGUUCAACCAAGUAGUCUCGCAAGUUGUCGCUGUUAACCGUGACGAUUAUGAUGGAGAUGACGAGGACGAUGAUUUUUCGGGCGACUAUUGCUUGUUGGAUGACGACGAUGCCUCGUCCCUGAGUACUCUGGUGACAAUGAAAGGGUCAGCUUCGCGACCGUCUUUGAGCAGCAACAGCACACCAAGGAGCAGCUUCAGCAGCGAUACCAGGACCAUCAUUGCGCAUUUGCCUCCCACUACCUUGAAAUGGGAUAGUGGCUCAGACACUGAGGAUGAUGAAACUCCAUAUUUUGGCCCGCCCUGGGAUCGCCCAGGCCUCUCCCGGACCUUCUCCACGGAUACGCUCAGGGCAACCUUUGGAAAUACCGGCAGGUUGCCUUCACCAAACAUAUUGAGUACGUCGAACCCAGCGCUGGUUACAGUUGGCCCCAAACACCCAACGAUAUCGCCCAUGUGCUCUGGAACGUCGGCUGGAAACCCUGACCCUGACCCUGACUAG